CCCCCCCCCCAACCGCCAUCAUGUCGGUCCUUCGCAAACUCUCCAAACACGUCCACGCCAAUGGAAGCGAGACUCCCAAAGACAAGAGCGAGGGUCACAUCUCCCCCAUCUCCUCGCAGAGCCCUGGGCCUCACCGUCGAUCCCUCGCCCAGUUUCUCCAUUUGGGCGAGAGAUCAGACUACACCUCCAGCGACAAUGAGUCCGAGAUGAGCGACUUUGACAGCGAUGGCUUGAGCAAGAACGCGCAAAAAAGAGCCCUUGCAAAACAAAGAAAACAUGAACAUCGUUCUAAACUGAGUCUGGAAAAUCGUGACGACUCUGAGGAGCGCAUCAAGAAAAGGCUCGAAGAUGCCGCCAAAACCGAGACGGAAGAAAUGAAGGCUCGGUAUGGCGAGCUUCCAUUGAUGCAGUCGACGACUAGUCACACUCAAAACCGUCUCGACUUAAGCACAGUCACCGAAGAGAUGGAUGGCCAAGAAGUCGUCUUCCGCUGCAGACUGCACCAUGUGCGGAACAUGGGUGCUAAACUGGUUUUCCUGAUCUUUAGACAACAGAUCUCCACUAUCCAAGGUGUCCUCGUGGAGGAACCUGGUAAGGUCUCGGCUAUCAUGAUCCAUUGGGCUGAGCAUCUGCGCACUGGCAAUAUCAUGCUCGUGAAAGGUGUGCUUCAAAAGCCGCAGAUACCUGUCAAGUCUGCUUCCAUCCACAACGUAGAAGUCAAGGUGACCGACUUGCACAUCAUCGUUAAACGGGCAGAGCCUGUCCCCUUCUCUGUUCAGGAGGCAGAGUUGACCAUUCUCGACGAUGACCAAAAAGUCGAUGGCCGCCAGAGUCAAAUUCCUGACCGUGUAAGACUGGCUAACCGGAUCAUGGAUCUGCGAACCGCCACUUCCCAGUCCAUCUUCCGUAUUCAAGCCGCGGUGGGAAAUCUUUUCAGGACUUCCCUGGACGAGCAACGCUUUGUGGAAAUCCACACACCCAAACUCCAAGGUGCGGCAACGGAGUCCGGUGCAUCGGUGUUCAAGGUCAACUAUUUCGGCCGUCCUGCCUUCCUUGCCCAGUCUCCUCAGUUGGCUAAACAGAUGGCUAUCGCAUCUGACUUUGAGCGAGUUUACGAAAUUGGCGCUGUCUUCAGAGCAGAAAAUUCCAACACUCACCGUCAUUUGACCGAGUAUACUGGUCUCGAUUUGGAGAUGGCCAUCGAGGAAAACUAUCAUGAGAUGAUGGACAUCAUCGAUAAUACCCUCAAAAGCAUUUUCAAGGGCAUUUACACAACGUACCGCAAAGAAGUCGAACUUGUCAAAGAGCAGUUCCCGAGCGAGGAUCUCAUCUGGUUGGAUGAAACGCCUAGAAUCCCGUUCAAAGACGCGGUCCAGCUUCUCACCGACUCGGGUUGGUUGAAUGAAGAUGGCGAGCCGAUCUCGCCGCUUGAAGAUCUCGCCACUAGGGACGAGAUCCGUCUCGGUGAGCUUAUGAAGGAGAAGUACAAGACCGACUAUUAUAUCUUGGACAAGUUCCCUCGAUCUGCUCGUCCUUUCUAUACCAUGCCUGAUCCAAAUGACGACCGCUACACCAACUCUUUCGAUGUGUUCGUCCGUGGACAAGAGAUCAUUUCUGGUGGCCAACGUAUCCACGAGUCCAAGUUUCUCGAAGACAAUAUGCGCAUGGUCGGCAUCGAUCCUGACGACAUGGCUGAGUACAUGGAAGGUUUCAAAUGGGGAGCUCCCCCCCACGCUGGUUGCGGUGUCGGUCUUGAGCGUAUUGUCAUGCUUAUCCUCAAGCUCGGCAACAUUCGCUUGGCCUCAUUAUUCCACAGAGACCCCAAGUCAUUCCCAGCCAAACCGGCUGUCGAGAAACUUCGACAUCCCGAAGCGGACACGUUGAACCCUGUCUGGAAACAAGAACGUGGGCGGGAAGUGGCAGUGCAAGACCGCAAGAUGCCUGACCUUUACGACCUUAUUGCAAACUACGGUGAUGCAACCUCUACAUCUUGGGGCGACGAUCGCUACCAGAUCUGGCGUCAUGCGGAUACUGGUGCUGCAGUGUGCUACGUGCCCGAGGGCCACUACGCCAUUCUCCCAGGCGACCCGCUCUGCCAUCCAAGCCAGUAUUACCGCGUCGUCGUCUCUUUCCUCCAAUGGCUCAAGCGAGAGACACGUUUGAAACCCCUGUGGUUGUUGAUCAGCCCGGAAUUGGAGGAAGUCCUUGGUGAGAGACUAGGUUGGAAAACACUCUCUUGCGUCGCCGAAGAGCGUGUUGAUCCCCACAAGAAGACCGCGGAGUCUGACCCAGAGGUUGCAAGGAAGAUUCGCAGAGCUCAGAACGAUGGCGUCAAGAUCAUUGACCUUGAUCCUAAAGAGCCUGUUCCUGAGAGCAUCAAAGAACGUGCGAACGCCCGGGUUAAGGACUGGUUGUCAAACCGGAAAGGAACCCAGAUCCAUCUGUCCAACAUCGAUCUGUUCCGAGAUGAGAGGCACAGGCGCUAUUUCAUCGCCGAAGACAAAGAUGGCGUCCUCUGCGGCAUCGCGGUCAUGUGUGAGAUUGCCCCUCGUAAAGGCUGGCAGGCCAAGUACACCUUGGACUUCCCCGGAGCCCCAUCCGGAACAAUUGAGUACAUCACCACCCAUGCUCUCAACGCUGCUGCCAACGCUGGGGUGAACAGCGUCACGUUUGGUGGCGGUGCUGCAACUCACUUGACGCCGGGCCACCAUAUGAGCGGUGCCAAGGUGAAGAUGUUGCAGGCUACGUAUGAUGCCAUUGUCAAACAAUUCAACCUAGCCAGAAAGUCCGAAUUCCGAGAGAAGAUGGGUGCUGUGGCGGAUCCCAUCUGGAUUGCCUAUCCCCCACAUGGUCUUGGUUCUAGAGGCAUCAAAGCCAUCAUGCGAUUCUUCCAGGACGAUCCUUAGAAAGGUGCAGGUUGUCCACGCCUGAAAUCAUUUUCCACGAUCCGGUUAUCGCGAGCAAAGACAUCAGUAAUGAGACGAGUCAACUGUUUUCUCGCAGGCAUCCCAUGCAGUUGGUACAUUGGAUAACGCAGGCCAAGCGCAAAGAAUUGACCUUAGCUACGUCUUCAUGGGCUUUUUGACCCAAGUAUGCAGAACAAAGACGGUCGAGUGACUACAAGCACAGCAGAGGGAAGGCUAGUCUCGGGAGCUGAUCUGUGGACGAAAUUUGGGCAGUUCGGAAUAUUGAUGGAUUCAAGUAUCAUGGCUGUCAGCUUUUGUUUUCCCAUAAUGUUCGUUGGAUGCUUUCAGAUACCACGUAGCACAGCAAAGCAAGUACCUUGCAUACAGGUCCCCAACAUAACCCUUCCCCGGAUUAGUGGAAUAGAUUGGCACAUCACUAGGCUCCUAAAGACUUCAGCUGGUCUUGACUUGCCUGUGAUUCAUGGUCGAGUUCCCUCAUGUCCUCUUGAAAGACAUUUAGACGUCCAUCCAUGCUCAAGAAAGAGCAUGAACCUGGAGUGGGAGCUUCUGUAGGGAGUGGAAUAGCAAUCCCAAACUUGCCC